CUACCUUUAGAUGGUGAGUGUUGGAUCGUUCCUUCUAAAGCUUCAAUUGAAAACCUAGCAGACUUUUUUAUUUCGCCGUUUGAUCGCCAAUCACCGGACGAGUUAAAUGGUGCUAUAUUUUUGUGUUAUCAUUGAUCGCAUGUACAGGCCACAAAUACCACUUCAAGUCCACUUGAUCAACUGGUAGAUCGAAUUUGUAUCUUCCCAAAUUUAUUUUUAUUUUCAAUAUAAAUAAUCAUCAGUUGGAAUUUACCGGCACAGAAAAGCAUGGACAUCAAUAUUGAUUAUGCAAGUAAGCUGUCUCUAAACUCUUCCGGCGGGCAGGAUCUUAAUCAUGAUCAUGUUAGCAUGGAAGAUCCCAUCCUCCCACAUGAGAUCUCCUCCUCCUUUGAGUAUUCUUCUCUUUGGCCAAACUUUCCUCUCCAUCUUCAAGGGCAUCAUCAAACCCCAUCCUCCUCAUCUACCCAUCAUCAGUAUGUUCCCUCCCCUUUGAAUAUUCAUGAUCAUGAUCAACUAAUCAUCGAUCCCCAUCAUCAACAUCGUCAUCAUCAUCACGCUCAUCAAGUACUACUAGCCGCCGCUGCAGGGAAUAAUAAUAAUACUUUGAUGGAAUUAGAUGAUCACGAAGAUGAUCAAGACCAGGCCUCCGCAGCAACUGGUGAAGAAGAGCUUGGAGCUAUGAAGGAAAUGAUGUACAGGAUCGCCGCUAUGCAGCCGGUGGACAUCGAUCCAGCUACAAUCCGAAAGCCCAAAAGGCGGAAUGUGCGAAUCAGUGAUGAUCCCCAGAGCGUGGCUGCGCGUCACCGGCGCGAGAGGAUAAGCGAGAAAAUUCGUAUCCUCCAAAGACUCGUUCCCGGAGGAACUAAAAUGGAUACUGCUUCUAUGUUAGACGAAGCUAUUCGAUACGUCAAGUUCCUCAAGAGGCAAAUCCGGUUGCUACAAUCAUCUUCCUCCUCUUCCAGUAAUGUCAAAAACAUUAGUAUCGAUGGUCAUCAUCAUCAGAAUGAUCAGCACCACCCAGCUGCAGCACCCGCAGCAGCAGCUUAUGAUCAGUGCAAUACCAAUAUUAUUAAUGGCCCAUCAACAUCAGUUGGAGUUCCUACUGCAGGGGUUGGGUUGCCGUUGGAAUGGCCGCCGCAGCAUGGUUCCACCGCCUCCUCCUCGUUCACUAGACACCCUGACAACUAGACCAAGCCACUGCCACCGGAUGAAGUUACCUUAAUUGCAGCUGUACUACUAGUGCUGCUGCCUGCUUAGUGUGAUUAGAUAAUAUGGUGCUAUUAGAGGUGCGUGGCUCGGAUUAAUUAUCUAUAGUUGUGGAAAUGAUUGAUAGUAUUUGUGUUCAAUGCUCAAUUGUAAUGAAUUAUUAAUAAGAGAAAAAUGUGUGACUAAGCACGUAGGGGUUCUGGCUAGCAUUAAUUAAUUAAUUGUAGUUUGUACCAGCUAGCUAGAUCGCAAAUGGUUUGUUGGGAUUUUGUUGACUAAGGGGUUCAGGAAUAAUCAUAACGGUUUA